UUUCUAGCUUAACGCUGGUGUGUGCGGGGAGCUAACAGCGCUGCUGCCGCACACAGAGAGCGACACGCAGAGACUCUCAGUCCGACUGACUUUGGAUAUUUUGGGGGGUUUGUGGAGAAGCCUGGAGAGAGAAAAGAGGCAGAGAAACACACGGGAAAACAGAGAUUUAAAGUCGGUUUGUUACGGCGGAAUGGCGGACCGGGACCCGGUGCCGCUUCCUGCGGAGGUGCGGGCCAGACUGGCCGAGCUGGAGCUGGAGUUAUCCGAGGGUGAUAUCACACAGAAGGGCUAUGAGAAGAAGCGAUCCAAGCUGAUCGGAGCCUUCUUCCCACAAGCACCAGGAAUGGAUCCGUCCACGGGCCAGGAGAGGAGAACCCCGGUCACCCCGUCCUCGUCCUCCCGGUACCACCGCCGGCGGUCUUCUGGCUCCAGAGACGAACGUUACCGAUCAGAUGUGCACACAGAGGCGGUGCAAGCGGCCCUGGCCAAGCACAAAGAGAGGAAGCCCCCCCCAUGACGCCAAUGCUCAAUGGAGCUUUACACACCACCAGAUACAUCCUCAGGUUCAGAAGGCGAGGGUCCGGGCGACGCCGAUGGGGAGGAGGGCGGAGACGGCGAGGAAGAGGACGGAGGCGGAGGUGGCGGGACCAGCCGGGAGGGGAGCAUCAGCAUGGAGCACUGGAUCAACCGGGCCAUCCACGGCACCUCGUCCACCACCACCACCACCUCCUCCACGGCCUCCUCCUCCUCUUCCUCCACGCGCAGCGGGGGCAGCGGGGCGGCCGGCGGCAGGCUGGCCGACGUCCUGGCCCAGCACGUGCACAUCUCCGCCCACCACCACCACCACAACCGCCACCACCACCAUCACCACCACCACCACCGCAAGACCGAGAACCACUCUGCCCCUCCAGACGUCACCGGCUACACCAACAACACGGCCGCCGACGACAUCCAGGUGGAGAGAGCCCCGGGCGCCGGCACCGCGGCCCAGAGGCAGACGCCCAAGUACGGCAACGCCGAGCUGAUGGAGACCGGAGACGGUGAGUAAGGGAGACCAUCUGGGGAGAGGAGUGGCAGGGCAGGGGGAAGCAAUAGUGAUGGUAACAAUAACAAAAAUAGAUAAAUAAAAAGACCAAUAUUCAUUCAUUAUCUUCCAUGGUCUUUUUCAUGCGGUGAAACUUAAAGGUAUUGUGGAGGAUU